AGAUGGCGUCCAGACGCGACGUUUCAAGAGUAUUCAUAAAAAUUGUUUUGUUUCGACUCAUUGUUUUUGCGCAGCCAGCCCAACUCCCUCUCGUCGUAAGUACAUGGGGACCACCAUUUUUUGACGCAACCAAAAAAGCAUGGAGUGUAAUAGAUGAUGGUGUAUCAACCUCACUUGAUGCUGUUGAGCAAGGAUGCAGCCUUUGUGAAGUUCAGCAGUGCGAUGGUACAGUUGGGUAUGGAGGAAGCCCAGACGAAAAUGGUAACACAACGUUGGAUGCUAUGAUUAUGGAUGGAGAUUCACUCGAUGUUGGUUCAGUAGGAUGUUUAAAGAAUAUUCGUGGUGCAAUAUCUGUUGCUCGUAGUGUUAUGGUACAUACAGAUCAUACAUUACUUGUUGGUGAGGAUGCCACACAGUUUGCUAAACAAAUGGGAUUUGAAGAGCAAAAAAUGCAAACUAAUCGAUCAUUAAAUAUCUGGAAGUCAUGGAAAGAAAAUAAUUGUCAGCCAAACUUUUGGAAGAUGGUAGAGCCGGAUCCAAAAAAAUCGUGUGGUCCGUAUAAACCUGUCAAGACAAGGUUAAAUGAGGAGAUUAAAGAUGCUUCAUUUGCUACCAAGAGUAAUCAUGACACAAUAGGUAUGAUUGUGAUAAAUCAAGAGGGACGGGUAGCAGCUGGAACGAGCACAAAUGGAGCAAACCAUAAAAUUCCUGGGCGGGUAGGUGACUCGCCAAUUGUUGGUGCUGGAUCUUAUGCUGAUAGUGAGGUUGGAGGAGCGGCAGCCACUGGUGAUGGGGACAUCAUGAUGAGAUUUUUACCAAGCUAUCAAGCAGUUGAAAACAUGCGCAAUGGAAUGAGUCCAACGAAAGCAGCUGAAGAUGCAGUAAUACGAAUUGCCAAAUACUAUCCGAGUUACAGUGGAGCUAUUGUUGCUGCAAAUAUACAUGGAGAAUAUGGUGCAGCAGCGCACAAGUGGACAACGUUCCAGUAUUCAGUGUGCAGUCCAACACUCAAUCCUCAUUGUCAACAUUUUCCAGUCAAACCUGUAUUACACCGCAACUUUACAGUAUGACAUAUGAUCACUGACAAUACAGGCUAUGAUAAUCAUGGAUAAAUUAUUAUUGAUCAAUAUUGAUUAUUGU